AUGGGUCGCCGUCCCGCCCGCUGCUACCGCUACUGCAAGAACAAGCCCUACCCCAAGUCCCGCUACAACCGCGGUGUCCCCGACUCGAAGAUCCGUAUCUUCGAUCUCGGCCGCAAGCGUGCCUCGGUCGACGAGUUCCCCUUCUGCUGCCAUCUCGUCUCGGACGAGUACGAGCAGCUUUCUAGCGAAGCUCUCGAAGCCGCCCGUAUCUGCGCCAACAAGUAUGUCACCAAGACCUCUGGCAAGGACUCCUUCCACCUGAGGGUCCGCGUCCACCCCUUCCACGUCCUCCGCAUCAACAAGAUGCUUUCCUGCGCUGGUGCCGAUCGUCUUCAGACCGGCAUGCGUGGUGCGUGGGGCAAGCCCUACGGCACCGUCGCCCGCGUCGACAUCGGCCAGAUCAUCCUCUCGGUCCGCACCAAGGACUCGAACCAGGCCGUCGUCCAGGAGGCCCUCCGCCGCGCCCGCUACAAGUUCCCCGGCCGCCAGAAGAUCAUCAUCUCCCGCAAGUGGGGCUUCACCAACGUCAACCGCGAGGACUACCUCAAGCUCAAGGAGGACAAGCGGGUGCUCCAGGACGGUGCCUACGUGCAGUACAUUCGCCCCCGGGGCAACCUCGAAGCCAACCUCCGCGCCCAGCUCCGUGCAUGA